AUGGGUUCCUUUUCUGCCCCAAGGGUUCUGCAAUCUGCAAUGGGGUUUAGCAAGAUGUGGGAAGAGUUGCAGACUGCGGCGGGUGAAUUAUCUCAAGCCUGGAGUGAAACGGGGGAACUACAGCAAAGAGGAAGAGGAUUGUGGUCAGCCAUUGCAGCAGAGUUGCCUAGAAGAACAGACAAUGAUAUAAAAAACUACUGGCAUUCACAUGUAUCGAAGAAAAACAAAAGAAUUGUAGCACAAACUAGGGUAAUGGAGCAGCAGCCUUAUGAACCUUCCACAUUGUUACAGUUAAUACAUGAAGAUCAAUCUAAUCCAAUCAGCCCUCACCUAACGACACUAAUGCAAUUGGACCAAAAUGACGUUGUUGAGGCUGAAUCUUCGUGUCUUCAAGAUUUGAAAAAUUCAGUGCCAUCCCUCAAUAAUCCUGAUACGACUAGUUGGGAUUUAGCCGUAGGAAAUUUCUGGACUGAACCAUUUCUAGCAGAUACAUCACUUAAGUGA